AUGGCUGAGUGGGCAAAGCAAACAUACAACCAGCAGUACGAGAAGUGGGUUCCAUGGCUCGAGGACGUCUACCUGAGGUGGUUCACCAAGGACAACAAGGCCAGCUACGCGACUAAGGAUACCCUCGACAAGAGCAAGGUCACCGGCAUCGAGCAAGUCGACACCCUCCAAGACGGCGUGCACAACCUCGCCGCCGGCCAGGUCGGCCAAGGCGGCCUCCUACAGCCCAUCGGCGACAUGGCCUCCAAGGAGGGCGUCAACCGUGCCGAGCGCCAAGGCAAGGAUGACGAGGGCGGCUACGUGCCCACCGCCGUCCCCGGCUCCGGUGCCUUGAACCAGGCGGGCAGCGGCGUGGCCGAGGGCAGCAAGACCGUUGCUGGCAAGACAACUGAGGGUGUCAAGAGCGCUGGCGGCCUCGUUGGUGGUCUGUUUGGCGGCGGUGCUGGCAAGGCCAAGGCUGAACAGAAAAUGUGGACGGUUCACCGCGAGCAAACUGCUCUACUGUAUCCGGAUACAGUCACCAACGUCGUUUUCCCUCUAUUCAUAUUGCGUCGCGUUUGUCCAACAGCCGUUGCCGAGAUGAGGGACCAAAUCCGCCGGUCAGGCCACUCCGGCGUGUAUUCAUGUGCAAAAAAGCCCCUCGCCCUGGCCAGGAAGCUCAAGAGCAGGCUAUACUCGAUUCUGUCAGAUCUUAAAGUGCGAAAGAUUACAUUGACAACCACCCCCAAGCUUCAUGUACUCACUGCCAGCGGCUCCUCAGAGACCCUCGUCCCGCGUCGCGAGGCAUAUGACGACUCCGUCGAAAACGUUUCCAACGACGUUUCUUUUCAUCACGACAACGAGUGUCUCAGACCUUUGCCAGUAGACCGAUUCAGCACGAGCUUCUUGGGCAGGCUUUCUGGAGAGAUUCGAGAGAUCAUAUUUCAAGAGCUAUGGCGCACAGCUGGUCUUGGUCAGCACAUUGUCCGUACCGAAGCCGGUUAUGGACAUUCCAGAUGCUUAUUCGAAAGACCUGAUUGUACCGCCGUUGAAGCGGAUGAUCCCUGGGAGUUCAACUGGAUGGGGUCUGAUGCCCGCGGGUCGGUAUCGCUCUGGUAUAAGCGCGAGAUGUCGGCGUGGUGUGAUCAUUGGAAAUGCGAGGAGGCGAGAGAUGAGAGAGAGAUUUGGCGAAACAUUUCAAAGAGACGAACAAGUCACGGUGUCCCUGCCAAAACUUUGACACCAUAUCUUCCCAUGAUGCUGACCUGCAAGACGUUGUCAACAGAAUUCACCAUCACCGACAUCAAAGUGGCGCGAAACCUGUUCGGUGUCCGAUGGAAAACAUCCAGCAGCCACCCACUCCGGCGCAUCAACUUCUCCUUCCGACGCCAGGCCGACCAAGGAAGCACGUUUGAGCAGUGGGUAGAAUCAUGGAGCGCGAUUCUGAGGAUCCUUGACACCCCCCAGCUGAUGACGGUCAAUCUCUGGCUGGACAGCGACAUUUACUACGAGCGAUACUGGUUGUCGGUGACCGGCAACGUCCUCCGGCGGGUCCCGGAAGCACUGGCCCACAAAGUCGCCGUCAGCCUGCCGCCAGACGGACACGGGGACCGUACUGCGGGGGGGCCGCGUGGCUGA